AAAGGUGCCCAAGAGGGAGUGGGACCGCAGGUGCGGUCGGUCGGGAUGAGGCACAGCCGAGCAAUGUUGUGCGGUCCGUCGUGGAGAACGUGCGAGAACACAGGAGUGUCCUUUCCCGAGAGAAAAAGAGAGACUCCGCCGUCUCUUCGUACGCGUUUUCCUACCUGCGAGAGUGCUUCUUCUACGUGGAUUUCGGACAUUUUUAGCGCAACUUACCCAAACGAGAUAGAGUGCGUGAUGCGUGAAGCACUUCUUAACUGAUAAAUCUCGGGCGAGGUACUCCAGCGGUCGGAUGUAAGCUCAUAAAUGUGAGCUCGAAAUCAUUCCGAAUACGUGAGGUCGUCAAUCAAGCAACGAUGAGGACUGUCUUCUUCGUCGCUCUUUGUUCCACAUUUUUACUUAUAUUCGCGUCGAUCGUCGGGUCCCUCAACGACUGCAACGACCCGAACUUUCACUCUCUGGAGACGUCGGACUCGUCCAGGAUGGAGUGCGGCCCGAUCUUUCAAAAUCGCUGUCACUGCUCGAGAACGUGCUACGACGGCCGUUAUCAGUACGUCGUGAAUUGUACGAACACCGGAUUCCAGGACACUUCUCCGCUGGCGCAUCUUCCCAACAACACGCAAGUGCUCAUAUUUACGGGAAACGACCUGCAGGAACUUCCAUGGAACGUGUUCGGCACUCUGGACAAUCUGCCGUAUCUGAGAGUGAUCGACAUGUCGAACAACAAGAUACGCGAAAUUCGUGGCAAGGCCUACCAUCACGUGCAACACGUGGAACGUCUCAUCCUCGACUUCAAUAAUCUCUCGCUGGACCCGGCGAGGAGCCAUCCGAGAGUGUUCUCCAACUUCGUCUCCCUUCUGGAGUUGCAUCUUACCCGCGCUUUCGAGGACGGUUCACCGAGGAACCUGGCGUCGACGCUUCACGACAUCUUCGUCAACAGCAACCUAACGCACUUGAUAAAGCUUCACUUGGAACAAAACAAGAUCUCAGAGUUCCGGGACGUCAACGUGUUCUGCGACCUACCGAGGCUCCUGGACCUCCAUCUCGGGGAUAACGCCCUGAGCGCUCUUCACUUCAAUCUCUCGUGCCUUCACAAUCUGCGCUUCCUGGAUCUUCGACGGAACAAAUUCACGCGGGUCCUCGAACGCGAUCUCCAUGUCAUGGAUAAUCUCGCUAAGCACAAUCGGUCUGUGACCGUAGACUUCAUCGGCAAUCCAUUCGAGUGCUCCUGCAAGCUCAAUCCGUUCAUCAAGUGGAUGAAAAAGACAAAGGUUUUUGUUCGGAACAAGGCUAACUUACAGUGCUACGAAGGAAACACGACUCACGAAUUUCACGAAACGAAGAACUGCGCAACGAAAUUGAUGCUUUCCACCCGACGUGGAACGAAGGUGAUACUUUGUUUUCUGUCGAUGCUGCUGAUCGCCCUGGUGUGUGCUCUGGUCUACCUGCAACGGAGGAAACUCCAGAAGAAGAUCGAACCGGUGCUCGAUUCGGUCAGCAAGAGGGUUCGAUACACUUCAAUAGCGAAUAGUGACGUUCGCGAAGAUGUCGUGAACACAAUCUGGAAAAUGUCGCUCGCCGGGCGACUUCGUCUCGACGAGGUCGUCAGCUCGUUUCCGGAGAUCGGACCAACUGCUCCAGAUGGUGGCUACUCGUGGUUCGUUCUCCUCGGUGUUGUCUUUAUUCAGAUAACCGUGCCUAGCGUUCUCUCGAUGUAUGGCAUAGUGCUGGGAUAUUUAACGACGAAUAACGCGUUAUUUUACUUUGAUCUGUGGAGCGCGAAGAUCACCCUGACACCGAUACUGUUCGUCGCCUUUUGGAGUCUGGCAGAUCCAUGGACCAAAACGAUCACGGAUCUGGCGUCGAUACCACGACUGGUCGGUCUGAUCGGCGUGACCCUCCUUACUACGGGUGUCAUAGCUUCUGGAUACUUGGCGACCGGUGGUGCGGGUGCUUAUCUGGCCAGUUUGAGUGCCGGGGCCGUGAUGGGUGUAGGAGCGAGUUUUGUGAUCGUCGAGAGCGAGACGGUCUUGCGGAAGCACUUCAGGGUGAAGCUGCCGCUAGUGCUGACGCUGAAGAACAUCGCCGCUUCCUUCGGCUUCACGAUUGUGCCUGCGCUCAUGCAUUUCUUGCUCGUGGAGACCGGAUUGAAGAGCAGUAUCCUGCUUAUGACAAUCGCCUUCAUUCCCACCGCCUUGGGCACGCUGACUUUGCGCUCUCCGGCACCACAACGAGCGUCUCCUUACAGAUUGCUUCUGCCUACCAACGAGGACAAUGAAUUGGGCAUCAGAAUAUCCCCGGACAGAGACUCAGAGUCGGAGCGACAGAGUAAUGGCGUAGACAAUGCCGGGUACGAAAACGGUGAUAAACGCGAUAGAAACGCCGUGCCUCUGUUCAGCGAGGUGAAUAGCAUCUACGCGUAUCAGGAAGAUGAGGACGUCGAGCUCUUCCUCAAUCCGACCGUGCGCUCAGGCGGCAAGUGGAAGCAGGAGUUUCGCGUGGUUCGCUACUUCCGGUUCUGGGCGGCCGUAGUGACGUGGAUCGGGAUGAAGGCCGGUUCGCUCUACUUCUGGAUCCUGGUACCCGCUGUGUUUCUGCAACGAAACGCGGUCUCGUCCGUUUAUCACUCGGACGGUUGGGUGACGUUGUUGGUGGUCGCCGGUCUCGGCUCCUUCGUACCCAGCAUCGCCAGCUGUUGGUCCAUCAUGACCACCGCACAGUACAGAAGGAUAUAUUUCGGGGUUGCCUGUUGGCUCGGCAGUAUUAUUUUAUUAGCCUUAUCUUAUACGAAUAACUAUUACUGGUUUCUGACAUGCUCGCUACUUGGUGGAAUUAGCAUCGGCAGUUUGUUCACUUGCCAGGACUUAACGUUGUGCGACGCUGGAAAUCAGUUCGCGAAUCGCUCGCACAAGUUGUUCUCCACCUUGGUCGGACUAGGCGUGCUGACAUUCUGCUUCGUGCAUAAUGAGAACAUGUGCCUUCGCGCGGUUGCGUUGCUGCAGUUUUUUGGUGGAUGUUACUGGACCGUCCCGCCCAUUUGGGAAAUCGUACAAGCACGUAGACUCAGAGACGGUUAAUCCCGUUAAAAAAAAUCACGAGUCAUGCUCUUUACAUUCCGCCAUAGAAAUAUUUACAAAGGCGUUGAUCGAUGAAAGUCACAGUGUGAUUGAUUAUGUAAUGUCUUUAAAUAGUAAAAAUACUCUCUUAUAGGAUAAUCUUAAGAAUAGAUGUACGCUCCGUAUAAUGCAAAACUGUGUAUCUGCGAAAUAGUCAUACACAUUACGGAGCGCGCGAUACUUUAAUGCAUAACUUCCACAACAACUACAAGAUACACAGUAAUACGAAAAGAUAGAAUUAUAUCACAAGAUAAUUGCAAGAUAAAACGAGGAAUAAAAAUAAAAUCCCGUAAAAUCUUGCACACACGCUUUCUCUUCUUCCUUACAAUAAAGUAAAUAUAAAAACUCGAUACUUUUAAAACUUGUAUUCGUGUUUUCCGAUUAAAGCCUAGCUGAUAAGAAUCACGUUAUGACUAAUAAGUAGAAUAAAAUGAAGAUUGCUUUAUA